CUCUGGAGACUUUCAUGAGUAUCACUGCCUGAGGAUCGUUUCUCUCUUAUUCAUAUUAGAGCGCUGUUAUAAAAAAGUCUUGAGCAAGCGAGCAACAUUUUACUGAAGAAAUGUCUGAGUCAAACGAGGCUCCACUGAUCAGAGCUCCCAGUGAGCAAACUUCAAUCAACAUGGGCUCUCCAAGAGGAGGAUCCAACAGUCAGGCCCUGAAGGUGGCAGGAGUGACUCUGCUGGCAGGUAUACUGAUUGCAGGUCAGGCCUUCACCGCCUACAUGGCGUUCAACCAGAAGGAGCAGCUCAACACACUGGAGAGACGCACUGACCGACUGCAGGAGAUCAGUCGCAAGUCUAUGGCCAUGCGGGCCCCUGUGAAAAUGCAUCUCCCCAUGAGCUCCCUCCCUGUGAUGCUUGAGGAUUUGCCCAAAGAUGAGAAAAAGGAUUCAUCUCCCAAACCAGAGCCCAGUGUUCGUACCCAGUGCCAGUUGGAGGCUGCUGGAGAGGUCAAGAGUCUUCUUCCUUCUUUCCGCCCUCAGUGUGAUGAUAAAGGAGACUAUCUGGCCCAGCAGUGCUGGGAUGGGACUGAAAUGUGCUGGUGUGUGGACAAGAACGGCACUGAGGUCCCUGAAUCUCUGACCAAGGGCCCUGUGGAGUGUGGAUCCACUGGACCCGAUGAGCCAGUGCCAAUGGAGCCUCUGCUGGGGGCAGAAGAGAAGUAGUGAAGAAGAGCAGUGUAUGCUCAGCCUGAAACUUCUUAAAUAUCAUAUUUUGGUCUCUUUAUCUUAACUUCUAUCACAGUAACAUUUCCAGCUUUGUCUGAGAUAAAGAUUUUUUUUUUUUUUUACUUGCUCGUAGAUUUUCAUAUAUUUUGGCUGUCACAGUAGUUUAAAUCUAAAAUAAAGGCGACUGUGCUUCAUGUGUUAUACUGGCAAUAAUUACAACCUAUGUUAAAUCAGCUUUAGCAGUGUUGGUCUUUUCUGAGAUAUAUUCCCUUUUUUUUUUUCUAAUCUUUUAACACAUUUACCUUUUAUGUGAAUUUAUAAGUAAAUGGAUGAAGAGGGACAAAUAUUAUUGAAUAACUUAAACUGAAUGAGAAUAGAAAAUUUAAAUAGAUGGAAAAUAAAAUUUACUAACAAUU